GGUAUUGUUGCAUUGUGAGAUUGACAGAUAAGAAGUUUCACUCAAUGGAGUCUCCAAUUAAGUUCAUUUGUCUUGUUGGAUUUGUGGUCCUUGUUGUUAGCAUUGCAGGGUUUCAUAGAGUGGAGGGUGCUGGUGAAUGUGGAAGGUAUACAACUCCAGACAAUGAAGCUAUGAAGCUUGCACCUUGUGCCACAGCAGCACAGGAUGAAAAUGCAAGUGUUUCUCAGAGUUGCUGUGCUCAGGUCAAGAAAUUUUCCCAGAACCCUGGUUGUCUCUGUGCAGUUCUACUCUCUAACACAGCCAAAAUGUCUGGAAUCGACCCAAAAAUCGCCAUCACCAUCCCCAAGCGUUGCAGCUUUGCUAAUCGCCCUAUUGGUUACAAGUGUGGAUCUUACACCCUGCCUUAAAAGAGUUAUGGUUGCUGUUGAAAACAAAGAUAACAGAGCGUAAAUGCAUCGUUGCUGUUUGCUACUACUACCUACUGUGACCUGUAUUGUUGUUGUUGUUCUGUCUUGUAACUAAUAGUUUCUAGUGGAUAAGAGCUAGCUCAGUGUUAUCCACCCUGAAUAAAACAGCAGUUUCAGUGUUUUA